CAUUCACUUAAACCCUCAAUUAUUUACCAUUCUCUCUCUAGAUUGUUUCUAUCAAAAACCGUUUGUUUGGGUUCCUUCUCACUGUUGCCUCUGCUCUUUUAUUUGAUUGAAGAUUACCGUUUUUCUCUCUCCUGCCAAGAGAGCAAUCAGAAGCCAUUGAAAAACCAAAACUUGGAGAAAAUUGAUUCAUCUGAAAACUCAAAAUUAACAGAAAUAAUGGAUAACGUUACAAAGAAGGAUUUGGGAAAGAUCAAUUGUUGGGUGCCAAUAACUCCAGAAAAGCUGCCUGUUGCUGAGAUUUCCAGUAUCACCAGUGGUAGCAUUUGCAUCGAUAUGGACAAGAUCGAUCUGGAUGGACUUUCUUGUACUGAAAUUCUGGGGUUAGCUGAUGCUGCAAGUGUAAUCCAGCAAGAACAACUUCAAACGUCAUCGCUGCCGCAGGACAAGAUCGAUCUGGAUGGACUUUCUUGUACUGAAAUUUUGGGGCUAGCUGAUGCUGCAAGUGUAAUCCAGCAAGAACAAGUUCAAACCCCAGCAGAUGCUACUGGAAUUAACUAUCAGGUUGCUGCAUCUGAACCUGCUUUGGGUAUAGAGGAGAAGGUGAAUGUUGAUGUUCCACCAACCCCGUCGAAAAACAAAAGGCGAAGAGUUGGCUUAGAGGGAAACAAGAAGCCUGGUGAGAAACGUCAAAAUAAGUAUUACUGGGCGAAAAUUGAUGUUCAAAAGGUGCACACUCCCAAACCUAAAACUCCAAAACCAGUAACUCCCAAGCCAAUUAGAAAGAAGGUCGUUAAAAAAGAGGUUAAAAGAGAACAUGUUCCUAUCUGUAAACGGGUUUUGGAUUUUGAGGAACGUGGGGAGAAAGAUUUCGAGGAACGUGGGGAGAAAGGGGAAACGAAAAACACUGAAAAACAACAAGCUGGCAAUUUAAGUGUUUAUCGAAGACUUCGAUGUAAAUGUCUCACUCAGUGUCGAAAGUUGGGGACGAAUUUUGUAAAAUCUUUCAAGAAGAGAUCAAAGAGGAAUAAGAAGUCGAGUUUUAAACAAUUUGAAGGAUUUAACCAUACUUCCAUCCUUCAAGAUUUGCUUGAUCGAAUUGCUAUUGUAAAAGGUAAAUCAAUAAUGUUAUUGUCUACACAAGUGAAGACUUUUGAAGAAGCAAAAGAGUCUUCAAAAUGUAUUCUGAGUAUACUAGCUUCACCAAUGAAGUUCAAUAAGAAAAAGAGAUCAGCGAAGAGAUUGACUUCAACACUCAAGAAGCAAGCAAUCAUACCUGAUCACACAUUGCCUUGUUGUCUUCCUCCUAUACUAGAGUCGUCUAUCCCAGAGAAUAAACAGGAUAAGGUGGAUCCAGAACUAUGUCAAAUUGGGAGUGGAGAACUACACGAAAGAGUUGUUUCUUCAUCACGUUGCUCUACCUCAAAUCGUCUUUCAAAGGGAGAAAACAAAGUAAAGGUUGCAAAGGAGCAGAUGUCAAAGCGUACUUAUAAACGCAAGGAUAAACGUGAAAAUUAUUUGAGCAAGCUUGAUGAUUGGAAUAAUACAUCAUUGGAACAAAUAAUGGAUGCGUUUGUUCAAGAAUUUGAAGCUUUGCAACUUUACGAUGACCCUAAGAAACUUGAAAGAUGGAGUGUAAUGUUGAGCGAGCCAAAUAUUCGAGAUGAUGGUUCUGAAAUACCAGAUGAAGAGAGCACUCGUUUUAGAGAAGAAAGAAAUAUUUUGCUUGCAAAGAUUUAUAGAUUUAUGUCUGAAAUGACCAAAUAUCAAGGGAGUAAGGAAUUUGUGAAAUGGAAUGGUUCCGUAUUGGAUUCGAUGGUUGGUGUUUUUCUCACACAAAAUGUGUCUGAUGUUUUGUCAAGUAAUGCAUACAUGGCAUUAGCCUCACGAUAUCCUAUAAAAGGAGGAAGCAAUGAAGAUGGAGGUGAUGCAAAAUUGAAUAAUGGCAACAACAAUCUAGAGAGUGUGGGUAGUAACGUGAUCAUCGAGCAUCCUUACGAAGAAGAAACGAUUUCGGUUCUAUAUGAGGAGGAAAUCAUUUCAAUUCCAAUUGAAAUAAAUUCUUCUCCUGUUCUAGAUAGAGAAGAAACAACUUCACCUGAAGAAUUUGAAGAAGGAGGAGAUUCGACUAAAGAAUAUGAAGUUGCGUUUAAUGAUAUGAUGCAAUCACUACCUUUCCUACAAAAAUAUAAAUUAGAAGAUAAAAAAGUUGGAGAUAAAACAAAUAAGGUUAAGGUUGAUUGGGAAGGCAUUCGACUCCAUUUUGUAGGGAAGAAUAAUAACUCUCAAAGGAAUCCAGACACACACGAUUCUGUAGAUUGGGAUGCAGUAAGGAAAGCUCCACUUGCGCAUAUUGCUAUAACCAUCAAGGAAAGGGGUCAAAAUUGGAUUAUCGCAAGGAAAAUUCAGAGGAUGCUCAAUCGACUAGUUCACCAACAUGGAACUCUUGAUGUUCAAUGGUUACGUGAUGCCCCACCUCAAGUAGCAAAGGCAUAUUUACUAAGCUUUUAUGGACUUGGCUUAAAAAGUGUCGAAUGCUUGCGGCUGUUAACACUUCACCACCAUGGCUUCCCGGUUGAUGUAAAUAUUGCUCGAACUGCAAUACGUCUAGGUUGGGUUCCUCUCAAGCCAUUGCCUCUAGGAUUACCCUUUCAUCUCCUUCAAAAGUACCCAUUAGAAAAUGAAAUCCAGCAAUAUUUGUGGCCCAGAUUGUGCCAUAUGAAGCAAGAAUCAUUGUAUCAAAUACAUUAUCAGAUGAUCACAUUCGGAAAGGUUUUUUGUCUCAAGAAAAAUCCGAACUGUAGAGCAUGUCCACUCAAACAAAAUUGCAAAUAUUACAAAAGCGUGGUAGACUGUACAAAAAUGAAACAUCCUCUUUUGUCGUGGACAAACAAUAAGAUGGUGAAAUCAAAGAGGAAUUCUAAGAAGAUUAAGAAUCUACCAAAUCCUUUUAACAUAAAAAAAUCUUCUAUACCUUUGCUUGGGACAUCGAAUUAUGAUUCAUCUAUUGUCGCGAAUCUGUCUCCCAUAUAUUGUAAUACAAACCUACAUAUCUGGGAAGCAGAUCAUAAUACCUCCUCCCAACAAUGUAAAUCUAACCCUAUAAUUGAGUUUCCAGCAUCUCCAAAGAAAGCUGAAGAAAGAAACGAACCUGACAUUGAAGAUUUAUUCAAAGAUGAUGAUGUGAAUGAGGUGGAUGAAGAAGAUUUUAUAGUUAUUAAGCUUGAAACACAUUUGUUUGAACAAACAUUGUCGAGUUCAGUUGAAGAGCAUAAUGUGUCUUCACACAGCGGUGGUUUGUCAAGAGCUUUAGUUAGUAUAUCUUCAGAGGAUACCUCUAUUCCUUUGCCUAAGCAAAUUAAUCCAGCUCGGUUGAGGACAGAACACCAAGUAUACGAAUUGCCGUACAAUCACUUGCUGCUCAAAGAUUUUGAUAGGCAACAAGGACACAUACCUUAUCUUCUUGCCAUAUGGACACAAGGUCAAAAUGAGAAGAUUGAUGAUAAUCUGGAAGGGUGCUAUGAGCAUAGUGUCCCAGGAACAAUUUUGAUACCUGUUCGAUCAGCAAUGAGAGGAUCAUUUCCUCUCAAUGGUACCUAUUUUCAAGUUAACGAGGUUUUUGCGGAUGAUGAAAGUAGUGAACAUCCCAUCAACGUUCCUACCAGUUUGAUAUGGAUGCUAGAGAAACGAACUUUAUAUUGUGGUUCUGGCACAUCAUCAAUAUUUAGAGGUUUAACUGAAGACGAGAUUCAACGUUGUUGUUGGCAAGGUUAUGUUUGCACAAGGAGUUUUAAUAAAAAAACUCGGGCACCAAAGCCGUUACCGCUCAGAUUUCAUAAUCGUCCACAAGUAAAGGGAAAACUGCAACAAGAUGGAGAUGAUGAGGAUUAGAUGUAAAUUCAGGUUUGUUGUAUAGUAAUUAGGGAGGCGAUUCUGGUACACUUGUAAAAAAAAAAAAUACGUAGGCUAAUCACAAAAUAUCAGAUGUAAUUAUGAAGUUGUAUUAUUGCUCUUAAUUGGUAUAAUCUAAAUGCUCAUAAUUAUGAGCAGCUUUAUGAUAUUGAUCAACAAUUGUAAGUGAUGUUUUUUCUA